CUCGCAUCAGACGAGCUUCGAAGUGUUAAUGGCUUCUACACAGUAUAGUCUGCUAUUUAAGAAUGUAAGCGCCAGUAUUCGGCAUUCAUUCUCGUAAGGCAGAAUUGCAGCCUCAUACACCUUAGGCCCUAGGCCAAGAGCACCGCCUCUCCGGAACUCUUCCUUGCCGACCGACACAUAUCUUUACUCCAAUAAUUAUCACUUAAUACCAGGCUAAUUCAUCAUGACUUCUCCUGGCUACAGGGAUGAUGAUGUUGAGAUGGAAACAUUGACACAAGGCUUUGACGAGCCUGAUUUCCCACUACCGCCAUCAGGGUUACCGGGGACCCGCCAUAAACCGCGAUGGCUGGAUCAUUCGAAUACACGAUGGCAGUCGAUCCUGCGGAGGGUACCAUUGAUAUUGCGGCCACGACUCAGCUGGAAAUACAUUCUCUUUGUACUAUUUCUAACCUACGUGUUUUACUGCUUCGCGAAAGGCUCGCCAUUGCUAGCAUCACGGCUACCAGCUUAUACUGGACCGUAUGACGUUGGAACAGUAGAUAUUGAAGUGCCUGUGCAGGAACGACGAAAUAUCAGCGAGACUGUUUACAAAGAUACUGGAUUACCAGCAUUUGAUUUCGAAACAGUACUAUUCAGUCUCUACUAUCCGGCAGAGAGAGGCGCUAAAUCAAAGUUGCCAAAACAUCUCUGGGUACCGAAGCCAGUCAGUUUUAUAGGAGAAGGCUAUGCCAGAGUGGCACAUAUCAAUAAUUUCAUUACAAGACCGUUGUUUACAUUUGGACUGUGGGCUCUUGCGGGAAGCAUCAAGAUUCCCGCACUCGUUGAUGUGCCUGCAGUACCAAUCAACGACAGUGAAGAAGAGUUUCCUGUGAUUGUGUUCUCACAUGGCACAGCGAGCAAACGAACGGACUACACGCAGUACUGUGGAGAACUGGCAAGCCGCGGCGUCGUUGUAGCGGCCAUCGAACAUCGUGAUGGGAGUGGUCCUGGAUCCAUUGUCAAGUCUGAUGACGGAGAAAAGAGAGUCUACAGCUUCACGCAAAAGGACCUAUUAGCAGAUCCACCGAUGGAAGACCUACAGCUUAAGAAGGAGCAGCUCGACUUCAGGCAGGCCGAGAUUGAAGAAACUAUCACAGUUCUACGAACCAUUAGCGAACGCAAUGCACCCCGGAUAACGAGACUAAACGAGAGGAGAGAAGGGCACAAUCUAAAGUCAUUGGAAGGCCGCCUAAAUCUCAAUCAAAUCGUCAUCAGCGGCCACUCCUACGGCGCGACAGGCGCAAUGCAGGCCGUCAAGGGAGCGCCAUCCAAAAAGCAGCCCGCUAUAGGAGCUAUAAUGUUUGAUCCCGGCAAGAGCAGCGGACGUCUCAAUUCCAAGAUCGAUAUUCCGAUCCUCGUUGUCCAUUCGAACUCCUGGUCUAAGAAAAUCAGCGUGUUCUUUGGCCGCCCACAUUUCGAUGCCGUCAAAGAGAUUGUGCAGAGCGUGUUGGACCGCAAAGGCGCGAGUUGGUUUACUACUAUGUUAGGCACCAGCCAUCCCAGCAUCACGGAUGCUCCGAUCAUCGAACCCCUGCUCCUACGAUGGACGACUGGCGCAACGAUCAGCGUAGUAGAUGGACUGAGGGAAUAUGUCGCCGUGACUAUGGAAUUCCUAGAAUUCGUCCGACACGGCAAAAAGACUGGCAUCCUCGCCGAAAAAGUCUCGCAUCCACAGUACAACGAAGACGAGCGCAGCGAGGCACGUAAGAAAGCACAGGACAAGAAUAUCGCAAAAUUCUGGCAGAUACACGUAGCUCCAGAGUAGUCUGCAUGUUAUAGCAAUAGAUGUCAGUCUAAAAAUCACGCGAAUU